UUGGUCCGAACUGGUGGGCGGGGCGAUCUCUCCGUGCAGAAGAAACAAGUGGGGAGUUUUGCUGCUUCUUGUGGCUCUUUUCUGUCAUGGAGUUGCCGCAGAAAAAUGGUCGUCGUGCUGCGUCCCUGACGUGCUGCUUGUGUGUGCUUCUUCUGCAGCUGCAGGCGGCUUGGACCUCCGCAGACUGUCCCUCCGAUGGACGCACCUGGGUGCCCUUUAAAGACAGAUGCUACCACUUUGUCCACGGAGAAGAAGACAAACUCAAAGUGUAUAAUUUUGAGAGUGCCAAAAGCCUCUGCCCACACUCUGAGCUGCUGUCCAUCCAGAGCGCUGAGGAGAAUGACUUUGUGGUUAAAUAUAGUCCCGAGGUGUGGAAAGGCGAAGUCAACGUGUGGCUCGGAAUGUAUUACGAUACAAACAGUGAAGGCAUGAUGUGGUUCGACGAAGAGCCGGUCAAGUUUACCAACUGGGAACCGGGCUCGUCCCCGUCGGACUUUGUGCCCAUGGAAACGUGCGUGGCCGUGCACAGCGACACGGGCAAGUGGGAACGUGUCAGCUGCUUGGACGAUCUGGAGAACGGAGUGGUCUGCGAGACGGCUCAGACAGAUCAAGCCAAAAAAAAAUCCAGCGGACUGCUGUCUGGCCUAGUCAUUCUCUGCAUAAUCGCCAUCGUGGCCGUCUCCGUCGUGCUGUGGUUCCUGCACCAGCGGCAGCAUCCGGGCUCCUCGGUCGUCACGGGGUUCGAGUACCACCCGCCGUUCAGAGCGCCCGACGGCGACCGCUCCUGCCUGGUGGAGGCUGAGGAGUUAGACGGUGGGCCGUAGAGGGACGUUCCCUUCCGUCCAAUACGCCGCGCGCGCGGGACAGUGCCAAAUGUUUUUGACUCGGAAUGUGAGAUUUGCAACGACAGUAGUAGCUACACUAACAAGCAUUCAUUAGACAGUACAUCGGAGUGGCCGUUUGAUUAUUCAUCAGGCAUUAGUCUUGCUAGAAUCGAAACUUUUGGUGAGACCAUUUUCAAUAUUUAGCAUUUAGAUGGGAAAAGAACCUCGAAUAAGCUAAAACGUGAUCCUCUCAUCAGCAAAAUUGAGAGUCGCUGAGAAGUUCAAGCAAAUGUCUUCUCAAUACAUGUUUGACCUGUGAAAAGAUACCAGAUUUGCUUCCAGCCUCGAAUGGCUGGAAUUAAUAAAUACGGCGUCCCACACCGCGACCAGAGCCGCUAACAAGCUAGCUUGCAGGCUAACUACACCAAGGCUGUGUCCAAAUUCACAGGCUGGGUCCUCCGAAGGACGGCAGGACAUCAAUUCCGGCGCGACUCGACCGCACAUGGUGUCCAAAUCCACAUUCAGCCUGCCCAAAAUUUGACUCGGUUUCUGCGGUCCAAGGAGCCUUUGAAGGUGUCAAAGGAUCCAACCUGCAAAUUGUCUUGCUAGUAUUUGAAAACCCCAUACGGUCGAGCGGCGCCGGAACUGACGUCACGCGGCUGAAAAACGCGGCCUUCCAAAGACUCAGCCUGUGAAUUUGGACACAGCCCAAGUGUGUACCCGAGUGCCCUUUUGCCACGCCCAGAAAAAAAAAAAAAAAUCAGAAAAACUGAAUCAUGAAAAUCAGUUUCGACCUAUAUCGCCGCGAUUCAGUACUAUGUAGUUGACCGCCUUCUCACAUGUUAUCAGCAGUUAUCAUCAGACAGGAACAAAUCUCUGAAAUCACUUUACAGGAUCUGGGAGGAAAAAUAUUAUGACCAUGUGUGUUAAUGCUGUGGAGCUUUGUUUUUUUUUUUUUUUUUAAUAACCGCUUCAGUGUUUUUACUUGUUUUGAGAACUGCAUCGGGGUUUACGACAUCGGUUCCUUGCCCCUGAAAUACGACACCCUCUGUUCCCGCCUUGAAAAAGCUUUCGGUUACAAACUAUGCGUCCUUUGAGCUGUGACAAAAUGAUCAUCUUUCUUUUCCAUCUGUCGAGAACACGGUUGGUUUCAUUUCUGAAUAAUCGGUUAUGUGACCGCUUUCGAAAAGUGCGAAGGUUGCCAAUGAGGCGCACAAAGGAGAAAAGGCCAAAGCAACAACAAGGGCAAUUUUUGCAUUGUUCCACUGACUUCCUGAACAGUUCCGACUCAUCCCCCCCCUCAUUUUUUUUCGACUUCAAGCCAACCCAAAGUAUGACUAAAUGCUUGGCUUCACCCAACGGCUGCUUUUUUUUUUUUUUUUUUGCACAGCAAUCAAACGCUCGUCAUGUUUGUGCUCUUGAAUCAGUAGAUCGAAAGUGAAUUUUGUGCAAUGAAAAGGUUGGCUCUUGUUCUUCAAAAUGUUUUGUACCCCAAUCCCAUUUGAGCAUAGACAUGAUCGAAAUGUGCUGUGUGAUCAGAAUAUUUCAUAAUUAGGACUGUGCUUCCAUAUGAUGCUUUUGUGCAAUUUAUUUGGACAUGCGUCAAAGCACAAUCUGAGCCCUGCUCCUCCAUCAU